GUAUAUACUAUCCCCGAAUCUUUGACUCGGUUCCAAACUGCUUCUCCCCCAAGGCAGGACGCAGCUAUAAGAGUAAAGCGGCGCACGGCGAACCAUUCUCACUCUCAGCAGACAGCAGAUUCCCGAAACAUCUGUACUCCCACUUUCCACAGAGUAGUUGUUAAGAAUUUUGAUAGUCCAUCCACUUUCCACAGAGUGAAGAUGAAGCAGACCGUCGUCCUGUUCGCCGGCGCCGGCGUCGGCCACGUAACCCCCAUGACGGAGCUCGCCUACGUCUUCCUCAAGCACGGCUACGACGUCACCAUGGUGCUCCUCGAGCCGCCCUUUAAGUCGACCGACUCGGGCGCCAGCUUCAUCGAGCGCAUUGCCGCCUCCAACCCGUCCAUCUCCUUCCAUGUCCUCCCGCCCCUCCCCGCACCAGACUUCGCCGCCUCCGGCAAGCACCCUUUCUUACUCAUGCUCCAGCUCGCGCGCGACUACAACGCGCCGCUCGAAGCCUUCCUCCGGUCCAUCCCCAGGGAACGCUUGCACUCCCUUGUCCUCGACAUGUUCUGUGUCCACGCCAUGGACGUCGGCACGGCGGUCGGCGUCCCGGUCUACACGUUCUUCGCCUCGGGCGCCUCGUGCCUGUCCGUCCUAACCCAGUUCCCGGCGUUGGUUGCCGGCAGGCAAUCGGGCCUUAAGGAUCUCGGGGACACGCCCCUCGAUUUCCUUGGCGUCCCGCCGAUGCCGGCGUCUCAUCUCAUCAGGGAGCUGCUCGAGCACCCGGAGGACGAGAUGUGCAAGGCCAUGACCAACAUCUGGAAGCGCAACACGGAGACCAUGGGCGUUCUGGUGAACACGUUCGAGGCGUUGGAGAGCCGGGCGGUGCAGUCGCUCAGGGACCCGCUUUGCGUCCCCGGCCGGAUCCUGCCUCCGGUCUACUGCGUCGGGCCGUUGGUCAGCAAGGGCACCGCGAAGGAUGACAGCAAAGCAGAGAGGAACGAGUGCCUGGCGUGGCUCGACGCGCAGCCGGACCGCAGCGUGGUGUUCCUCUGCUUCGGAAGCAAGGGCACGCUCUCCGCGGACCAGCUCAAGGAGAUGGCCGUUGGCUUGGAGAGGUCCGGGCAACGGUUCCUGUGGUCCGUGCGCACGCCGGCCGGAACCAAAGAUCCAAAGAAAUACUUUGAGGUGCGCCCCGAGGCCGACCUCGAUGCGCUCCUUCCGGAGGGGUUCCUGGAGAGGACCAAGGACAGGGGCCUCGUGGUCAAGUCAUGGGCACCUCAGGUGGACGUGCUCCAGCACCCGGCCACCGGCGCCUUCGUGACGCACUGCGGGUGGAACUCGACGCUGGAGGCCGUCGUGGCGGGGGUCCCGAUGUUGUGCUGGCCGCUGGAAGCAGAGCAGAAGAUGAACAAGGUGUUCAUGACAGAGGACAUGGGCGUCGCGGUGGAGCUGGAGGGAUACAGGACGGGGUUUAUCAAGGCGGGCGAGUUGGAGGCCAAGCUGAGGCUGGUGAUCGAGGCCGAGGAGGGAAGGCAGCUCAGGGCGCGAGUUGCAGCUCGCAGGGAAGAGGCGCAGGCGGCUCUGGAGGAAGGAGGCUCGUCGCGGGCGGCGUUCGUCCAGUUCUUGUUGGACGUGGAAAAUCUGGCACACGGAAAGGAGCUAGGCAACUGAUUGAUGAGUUAUUGCCCUGCACCGCCUUCUAAAUGCCUGGCUAAUAUCUUUUAAUGAAAUAAAUCGGCCCUUACACAAUUUUAUCUUGUUUUCUUGCUUGCAAUACAGGACUUCGAUGCGUUUGUUUGAUGCUAUUUCUUCAUGAUUUGUAAAAAGUUCAGAAAGUACUAAGGAAAAUUUCACAAAUGGA